AUGCCGAUGCUACACACCUCCUCAGAGAAAUACGAGUCCUUCUCACCACCCACUCUCAACGACCGCACAUGGCCGUCCAAAAAGAUCACAGAUGCUCCACGCUGGUUGGCGACAGAUCUUCGAGAUGGCAACCAAAGUCUUGCUCAUCCCAUGACGGUCGAGCAGAAAUGGACUUACUUCAACCUGCUUGUCAAAAUGGGCUUCAAGGAGAUCGACGUUGCUUUCCCUGGAGCCUCAGAUACCGAGUUCAACUUCACCCGCCGAUUGGUCGAGACCCCCAAUGCUGUCCCCGACGACGUGUGGCUACAGGUGCUAUCACCUUGUCGAAGGGAAUUCAUCAAGCGAACUGUUGAAAGUGUAACUGGAGCCAAGCAGGCAACCAUCAGUCUUUACAUUGCAUCAAGCGAUUCCUUUCUGGACACCAUUUUCGGUCUCACGCAAGAAGACAUUCUCAACAUGGCAGUCGACUGCGUCAAGUACACACGAGAGAUUACAAAAGAUGACCCCACGCGACAAGACACGACCUGGAACUUGAUGUUUAGUCCCGAAGCAUUUUCCGAUACCGAUCCAUCGUAUGCUAUCUCGCUCUGCGACGCGGUCCGUCAAGCGUGGAACCCAACAUCAGAAGUACCAAUAAUCCUGAAUCUCCCUGCCACAGUUGAAAUGAGCACCCCAAAUACCUUCGCAGACCAAGUCGAAAUCUUCUGCCGUGCCUUCCCACAAGACUCCGUCAUCGUAUCUCUCCACCCCCACAACGACCGUGGAUGCGCCGUCGCAGCCGCCGAACUCGGACAGCUCGCCGGCGCACGGCGCGUUGAAGGCUGCCUUUUCGGCAACGGCGAGCGCACAGGAAACGUCGAUCUCGUCACCCUUGCUUUGAAUCUAUAUACGCAAGGCGUAGACCCUAAACUCGACUUCUCAGACCUCCCAGCCAUCAGGAAGACCGUCGAAGAACUCACACGGAUACCUGUCCACACGCGUGCCCCCUACGCAGGCGACUCCGUCUUCCUCGCCUACAGCGGCUCCCACCAAGACGCCAUCAACAAAGGCUUCAAGCGAUGGGAGCAUCCGGCCUCCACAGGCACGAAAAACAUCUGGAAAGUCCCCUACCUGCCGCUCGACCCGCACGACAUUGGAGCCACGUACGAAUCCGUUAUCCGCGUAAACUCACAAAGCGGCAAAGGCGGCGUUGCAUGGACGCUGGAGCGCAGCGCGAAUCUUAGGCUGCCAAGAAGCCUACAGCAAGAGUUUUCCAGCAUAGUGAAAGCGGUUUCCGAUAGGGUGCAGCGGGUAUUGAGACCGGAGGAGCUGCAGGAGUUGUUCUUGAGGAAUUAUCGUGUGCUUGAGAGGGAGGGCAAGGUGCUUGAGCAUAGCGCGGCUGAGCUCGGAGGGGGGAGGUUCGAGGUCCGCGCUACGAUACUCAUCAAUGGGCUCGCGCGUGAGAUCAAAGCGAAAGGACCCUCUAUCUCUGCUGCUUUGUCGGCUGCGCUGGCUGUUGGCACUGGUCUACAGAUCUCAUUCGACGUGUAUCAACGUAAGUGGACGGAGAACGGCAAAGAGCAGGAUAUGGUGCUUGCUAUGUGCGAUUUGAAGCGCGGAAAGUCAACAUCGUGGGGAGUGAAGCUUGGUUCGACCCUUGAGGCUGAGUUGCUUGCUUGCCUUUCUGCUGUACUGGUGAGUACCAUUCAAACCUGUUGCUAUCGAUGUACUGAUCGUAACCUAGGGACUGGAGAACUUGUUGCAGAGCCUGAGGUUACUCCCGCUCUUCCACGGCGCGAAGAGCGAGAACACUGA